AUGCCAGAAAGGCAGCCGCCAAAGCUCAGCCGUCCGCGGCCUUCCGCGGCGGUCUUUCAAAGCAGCCCGCGCUUCACCGCCUCGCUCUCUGCGUUCACGUCUCCGCUUCAGGUCGGCGAGACGUGUCCAGGUCGCUCUGCUGUGCUUGGUCGCUCCGCUGAAGCCUGCAAUGGAAUCCCGCGUGCAGGGGGUUCCUGUUCUCUCUCGGUUGCCUCGCCCGCGUGUCGCGGGUGGCGGCCGUCUUCGCUCUGGCGAGAGAAAUCUCGGGAUCUGCCUUUUCAGCCGCCAGCGCGUCCGCGCUAUCUCUGGAAAGGCCGAUCGUCGCCCGCGCUGUGGACCUCGCCCUCGGCGUUGCCUUCGUGCGACUUGCACUCCGCGGGCGCUUCGGCUGCGGCCGCGCUGCCUCCCGGCGUCUCAUUCGUCCCCCAGACGAAUCUGCUGCUCCUGGUGGCCUACGACGGCACAGCAUUCUCGGGGUGGGCGGCGAACCUCGCGCCGGCGGCGCGCACGCUCCUUCUCUCUGCCGCCGAGAAGCCGCCCCAGUCCUCUGCAGCCUCGUCGCACCCCGAGGCGAACUCGCCUGCGUCGCAAACAGACGCAGAGGUCCCCUCUGCCUCCUCCGCCUUCUCCGCUGCCUUCGGCGCUGCGCCGCCUCCGCCCGUCACGGCGAGCUGGCACCCCGCCGCGGAGGCGCCCGGCGCGUCGCUGCAGCCCCGCCAGCAGCUGCGGACGGUCGAGGGGGUCCUGCGGCAGGCCUUCGCGGCGGUUCAUCCGCUCAGCCGCGACCGACAGCGCGAGCUGCUUUCGCUCCUCUCUGCGCGCCGCGACGCGCCCUCCGUCCCGGCGGGGCGGGCGAGGUCGCAGGGCAGCGGCGCCGACUCCGCAGCCGCUGAGCGAGACGCGAGCAGCGAGUCCUGCGCAGCUGCGCAAGCCGCCGAGCUGGCAGGCCUGCGACGCGGCGAGGGAGGGGUCGGGAGUCGACCGGCGGAGCCUGGUGCCGCAGCCGCCGCGCGAGACGAGACGCACGGAGGCGGAGGGGCGGAGCACGGAGAAGAAGAAGAAGAGCUCGGAAGCGCGGCGAGCGCGCGCGACGCACCAGAGGGCGCAGGGGCAGAUGGCGCAGCGGCCGAAGGCUCGCGUUCCUCGUCAGGGGCUUCGGCGCACGCGACGCAGCAAAAUCCCGAGGUUGGGGAUCCAUACUACGAAGCGUUUGUCGAGCGGCGAACGCGCGAGUGGAGCGUCUUGCUGAGCGAAAUAGAGCAAGCAGAGCUCCAGGCGCGGACCUCGCUCCGAAGCGACAGACACAUCCGCGUGAAGAAGAAGGAUCUCGACGUCGCCACCGACGCCGGCUGCUGCGGGGAGCAGACAGCGCAACGCGCGCAGCGCCUCGGGGCGCGAGCAACUGCGCCGCCGGGGGACCACGCAGAGGCUGGUGAUACCGGCGGCGAGGUCCCCGAAAUCGACGACACCGACGACGACGCGCGAGCGGGAGGAGGGAGAAGCGAUGAUGCUGGAGACAAGAACGGAGACAAGGAGGGAGAUGAAGAUGACAAGCAAGUGGAGAGCAGGAUGCCUUUGGUCGCACCGCCCAUCAUUCUACGGCCCGCCAGUCGAACCGACCGCGGCGUCCACGCUGCAGGCGCGCUUUGCCAGUACGUCUCCUACUACCAUCCGCUGCACCUUCCGCUGGAGAGCUUCGUCUCAGGGGCAAAUCGCAGACUGCCCGCAGACGUGCGGAUCCUCGCGGCGCUUGAUCUCAAUGUCCUCGCUCGCCAGGGCGUCUUCGCAAAGUCUGCAGGCGUUGCAGACGCGGCUGAACUCCCUGCGGGCUUCGGCCUCCCUCCCCAGGAGGCGAACAGUCUCCAGCGAAGCGAGGCGAGGGACCAAAAUGGUCAGCGCCCAGAAGGAGAGGGCGACGGAGCGUUGGCGCCGCGUGUGAAGGGCGACGAGCAAAGCCGCGCCUCGCCCUCUGUCUCUCUUUCUGCAUCUUCGGCUUUAUCGUCUCCUUCUUCGCGUCAGUCUCCGCCGGCGUCCGCGGACGACGCUCUGUGCGCGUCUGUGCCGACGAUCUACAAGCUCGCCCAGGGCAAGCACUACACGUACUUCCUCUCGCUCUCCUCGUCGCUGUUUCCGCUGCUGCGGCACGGCUGCUGGACGCUCGCGGAGGACCCGCGCCUCCGUAACUGGGCUCUGCAGGCGCAGAAUCUGUCGAGAAAGAGCCGAAAGCGAGCAGACGCGCGAGCCUGCGGCGCUCGUGCAAGCCCUCCGGCGCCAAGGGAAGGCGAUCGUGGCGAAGCGGGCGUCCGCCGAGGUGAGGCCGAAGGUGAGGCCCCGGAGCGGGUCUCUGCGGAGGCGCCUGCUGCCCCGGGGGCGCCCAGAGGCGACUGCGAGCCCGCGGACGACGCGGAUCUCUUCUCCGUGAGGCAACGGAGAGAAAGCCUCUUCAAGGCCCUCACGUUCGAUCUGGAGAAAAUGCGGGAGGCCGCGAAAGCCAUGGAAGGCGAGCACUCGUUCGCGGCCUUCCGAUGCGAAUACAGCGGCAAGGAGAAGGCGCGGUUGCUCACGCGUGACAACCCUGUUUGCCGCAUGCGCUCGGUCACCAUCUCCCCGAUUGAGUUCGACCCCUGGCCUCAAAACGCAUCAUCGACGUCUCCUGGCUCGUCUUCCCUGUCGCGGCAGCCCUCUCCGGCGGCUCCAGGCUCGUCGCAGGCUUCUGUGUUCGCUCCUCCGCGCUCUCCGUCUUCGGCCGGGAGCUGCUUGUCGCGUGCCCGCCAAAGGGGAGGCGAGCUCGAUGGAGCCGGCAACCGGCGCGACGGCGGCGACGGCGGAAUGGGGUUGGUGGAGGCGAACGAGCGGGACGACAUGCGAGGCGAGACCGAGGCCCGGAGCUGCGCGCGUGCAUCGUUCCUCUCCCGGGAUCCUCCAGUCUUUUCGUCGCCUUGCCGCUUACGCAGCAGCGACUUGCCGCAAGGGUGUGUCCCUGCGCGGGGGGCUGUGCACCUCGGUUCGGAGGUUUUGUCGGCUCGCGCCCAAGGGUCCUUCGUGCUUACUUCUGGGUCGCAUCCUCCUCCCGGUCGUCGGCGUUGGGUGUCGCUGUCUCGUUGCGCGUCUACGUGUGCGCCUUUCAGAAUCCGCAUCGACGUCGUCGGGAACCGUUUUCUCUACAAAAUGGUUCGCAAGAUGGUUGGCGCACUUGUCCAGGUGGCCUUGGGGCGCCUCUCUGUCGCAGACAUUCGCCACGCCCUGGUGCACGGGCGCCUGCAGCCUCUGGACCGACAGAAGAAUGGAGGCGAGAACGACUUGCCUAGCUCAUCAGCGGACAGCGGGAAGCCGCCCGCCGCGCGGGUUCGAGGUGUGAAAGAACGCGAUGCGGCUGCCUCAGAGGGGGUCAGGGACGCCAGGCGCGGCGAAGACCGAGAGCCGCUUCUCGCCUCGGGGGGACUGAGGACUGACCCCACCUCGUUUCGCGACUCUGGAAUUCUGUGCGCCCCAGCUCAGGGGCUCACGCUUCAGAAAGUCUUCCUUCCUCAGUUUCUCGCUCGCCGUUUGUACAGCGUGUCAAAGCGCGACGAUCCGGAUGAACCAGACACCGUCUCAGAGCGCUCCUGA